UAGAUUGUGCGAUGCGAUGCUCUAGUUGAAACAUUCAACGUUGAGCAUUAUGCCGCAUAAUGCGCUUUAGUGCUAUAAUUGGAAAACGGGGGGGGGGAUCUCUACUUCUUACCUCUACCCUCCAUAGUUAUUACUAAAGAUUAAUGUUAGGGAUUUUAUAAUACGAUAACGUUGGCAGUACACUACUCAUUAUUUUCUAAAAUCACUAAUCAUUUUUAUACGUCCAUGUUUUCGCAUCGCACGUGGGUGUUCGAUAUUUAUUUUUUUUUAUUCUUUACAUAUUUAUGGUAAAGAAAUAUCAAAAUCAUUAUCAAUGGCAGGAUUUACCAAUGAUUUAUUUGAUGUUUUUGAUGAGCCUAAUGAUAUCGUUGAAAUAAUACCUAAAUCAACGAAAGAUGUUGAUCAAAAAUCGUCAUACACAAAUGAUAUUAAUAAUGAUAGAAAAUCAAAAUGUGAUUUUGAAAAUGAUCGUGAGGUGCCAGUGGCUAAAAGAGUAAAAAGAGAUUCUAUCUUGGACGAUAUCAAUAUUGAUGAAUUAUCAUCACGUAUAAAAAUUUAUACCAUGGAAGCAAUAGAGUCAUGUACUCAUGAAGUAGCUGUACCACCUGAUCAUGAAUAUACAAAAUUAGAAACUAAACAAACAAAACCAGCUAAGGAAUAUAAAUUUCCUUUGGAUCCAUUUCAAAAAGAAUCAAUACUAUGCAUAGAAAAUAAUCAAUCCGUUCUUGUUUCUGCUCAUACAUCGGCAGGAAAAACUGUUGUUGCUGAGUAUGCCAUAGCCUGUUCUUUAAGGAACAAACAAAGAGUUAUAUACACAACUCCUAUAAAAGCUUUGAGUAAUCAAAAGUACAGAGAAUUUUAUGAAGAAUUCAAGGAUGUAGGAUUAAUAACAGGAGAUGUCACAAUUAAUCCAACAGCUAGUGUUCUUAUUAUGACGACAGAAAUUUUAAGAAAUAUGCUUUAUAGGGGUUCUGAGGUUAUGCGAGAAGUUGGUUGGGUAAUAUUCGAUGAAAUUCAUUAUAUGCGUGACAAAGAAAGAGGUGUAGUUUGGGAAGAAACUUUAAUUCUUUUACCUGAUAAUGUACAUUAUGUAUUUCUCUCUGCUACUAUACCAAAUGCUCGUCAAUUCGUUGAAUGGGUUGCUCAUUUACAUAAACAACCUUGUCAUGUUGUUUAUACAGAUUAUCGACCAACACCAUUGCAACAUUACAUAUUUCCAGUUGGUGGAGAUGGUAUUCAUUUGGUUGUAGAUGAAAAUGGUCAAUUUAAAGAGGAAAAUUUCAAUAGAGCCAUGGCUUGUCUUCAACACGGAGAUGCGGCUAAAGGUGAUACGAAAGGUCGUAAAGGUGGUUUACGAGUUACCAAUGAUGGUCAAACAAAUAUCUUUAAAAUGGUCAAGAUGAUUAUGGAAAGAAAUUUUGCUCCAGUUAUAAUUUUCAGUUUUUCUAAAAAAGAUUGUGAAGUUUAUGCCAUGCAAAUGGCGCAAUUAGAUUUAAAUACAAUGGAUGAAAAAAAAUUGGUCGAUGAAGUUUUCAAUAAUGCCAUGGAUGUAUUAAGCGAAGAAGAUAGAAGAUUACCACAAGUUGAAAAUGUACUUCCACUUUUAAAACGUGGCAUUGGUAUUCAUCAUGGCGGUCUUUUGCCCAUUUUAAAAGAAACCGUAGAGAUUUUAUUCGGCGAAGGAUUAAUUAAAGCAUUAUUUGCUACGGAAACUUUUGCGAUGGGAUUAAACAUGCCUGCGAGAACGGUUUUGUUUACAGCACCGCGUAAAUUUGAUGGCAAAAAUUUUCGUUGGAUAACGUCAGGUGAAUAUAUUCAGAUGAGUGGACGUAGUGGUCGCAGAGGUUUGGAUGAAAAAGGAAUAGUUAUUUUGAUGAUCGAUGAACAAGUUAGUCCUAAUGUUUGUAAAGAAAUUGUACAAGGAAAACCAGAUCCAAUUAAUUCUGCUUUUCAUUUAACAUAUAACAUGGUACUUAAUCUUUUAAGAGUAGAAGAAAUUAAUCCGGAAUAUAUGUUAGAGAGAAGUUUUUAUCAAUUUCAAAAUCAAGCUUGUAUACCAUCUUUAUACAACAAUGUAAAACAGUUAGAAACCUCUUACAAUGAAAUAAAUAUCGAAAAUUAUGAUCAAAUAUCGUCGUAUCAUGAUAUUCGUGAACAAUUAGACAGAUUAAAUAGUGAAUUUAGAUCAUAUAUAACAAAACCAGAGUAUUUACUUCCAUUUUUGCAACCUGGUAGAUUAGUAAAAGUGAAAAAUGGAAAAGAAACAUUUGAUUGGGGUAUUGUAGUAAAUUUCAGUAAAAAGGUUCCUAAAAAUCCAGUAAAAGAAAAUGUAACUUUGAUCGUUGAUAUUUUACUUCAUGUAUCUAAAAAAUCAAGCGAAGGAUGUCCAAUACCUUGUGAAAAUGAAGAGGAUGGUGAUAUGGAAGUUGUUCCUGUUUUACAUACAUUAAUUACUCAAAUCAGUUCUCUUAGGCUAUAUCAUCCAAAUGAUUUAAGACCCAGUGCAAAUAGAAAAAGUGUAUUGAAAACUAUUGACGAAGUGAAAAAACGAUUCCCAGAUGGACCACCAUUAUUACAUCCAAUAGCUGAUAUGCACAUUGAGGAUCAAAAUUUUAAAGACAUUGUUAAAAAAAUUGAAAUUCUCGAAAGAAGAUUAUAUGAACAUCCUUUGCACCAGGAUACUAAUGUGUGUACAUUGUAUGAACAAUAUUUAAAUAAAGAAGAAUUAGGUAAACAAUUGAAACGAGCUAAAACAGAAUUAAAACAGGCUAAAUCCAUAUUACAAAUGGACGAGUUGAAAUGUAGAAAACGUGUACUCCGAAGAAUGGGUUAUUGUACAGCGGCCGAUGUAAUAGAAUUAAAAGGGAGGGUUGCUUGUGAAUUAAAUGGUGCUGAUGAAUUGUUAAUGACUGAAAUGAUUUUUAAUGGUUUAUUUAAUUCAUUAAGUAUACCACAAAUGGUAGCGUUAAUCAGUUGUUUUGUCUGUGAUGAUAAAUCUAAUGAGAUGCCCAGAAGUACGGAAGAAUUAAGUGGACCACUCAGACAAAUGCAAGAUUCAGCACGAAGGAUAGCUAAAGUUUCAACUGAAGCUAAUUUAGAAUUAGACGAAGAUGCAUAUGUCGAAGGAUUUAAACCAUAUCUAAUGGAUGUUGUUUAUGCUUGGUGUAAAGGUGCAAGUUUCUUACAAAUAUGCAAAAUGACAGAUAUAUUUGAAGGAUCGAUAAUAAGAUGCAUGCGACGUUUAGAAGAAGUUCUUAGACAAUUAUGUCAAGCUGCUAAAAAUAUAGGAAAUACAGAUUUAGAAAAUAAAUUUAGCGAAGCAAUUAAACUCAUGAAGAGAGAUAUUGUUUUUGCUGCAUCUUUGUACUUGUAAUUAAAAUUUAGGCAAUAAGAUUAAA